AAAGGCCCCAAAUUUGGAAAACCACUCCCCCCUCUUUUUCUCUGAAUCGAAUCGAAGCUGUAAUGGAAGCAAUACUCCGAUCCCUCUCACGUGCCUCCGGGAUUUGAACCUGAGCCCCCGGCCGCCCAAAACCAGAUAAACCCUCCCCCUCCCUUCCCUCUCUCUCUCUCUCUCUCUCUCUCUCUCUGAGAAUCGGAGCAGCCAUGGAAGCAAUACUCGUGGACUGUGUACAAAACAGUCUUCGCCAUUUUAUGUACCGGAACGCGAUUUUCAUGUGCGAACGCCUAUGCGCUGAGUUCCCCUCUGAGACCAAUAUGCAAUUAUUGGCUGGCUGUUAUUUGCACAGCAAUCAAUCUUAUGCCGCGUACCACAUUUUAAAGGGCACGCAAAUGGCUCAAUCGCGCUACAUGUUUGCACUAUCAUGCUUUCAGAUGGAUCUUCUUAAUGAAGCUGAAGCAGCAUUAUGUCCCCCUAAUGAGCCUGGUGCAGAGAUUCCAAAUGGUGCAGCUGGUCAUUACCUUUUAGGACUUAUUUACAGGUACACUGACAGACGGAAAACUGCUGUACAUCACUUUAAGCAGGCAUUAUCAGCUGAUCCUUUAAUGUGGACUGCAUAUGAGGAGCUUUGUGUCUUAGGUGCUGCUGAAGAAGCAACUGCAGUUUUUGGUGAAGCAGCUGCUCUUUGCAUACAAAAGCAAUACUUACCCCAUGGAUCAGCUUCCCAGAGCUUGCACACGUCAACUGAGGAUCGUGGCUUAGCUUCUUCUGGAAACUUUUGCCCAGGGGCAGAUGAUGCCAGUCCACGGCAAUUGAAACACAUGCAAGGCAAUAACCAAAGAGAUAUUCCUGGCAAUUAUCAUGGAGCAACUGCACUAGGAGGAGCUGCUAGUCAGCCUUCAAAUGGUGGUUCAUCAAACAUAUCAUUCUAUAAUACUCCUUCACCUAUGGCCUCACAGUUGUCAGGUGUUGCUCCGCCACCUUUAUGCAGAAAUGCUCAGCCAAAUGGGCCAAACCAAAGCAUAGUCACCGUUGAUAGCUCUCCAAGGUCGACUGUGAACUCUACUAUUCAAGCCCCUCGAAGAAAGUUUGUGGAUGAAGGAAAAUUACGGAAGAUUUCUGGGAGGUUAUUUUCUGAUUCUGGCCCUCGACGAAGUACAAGGCUUUCUGGAGAUGCUGGGGCCAACUCAAAUGUGAGUGCUACAAUGGUAGUUGGAAAUGGAACGAGCAACUCUUCUAAAUAUCUUGGAGGUUCCAAACUGAGCUCUAUGGCAUUUCGUGCUGUGACAAUUCGUAAGGUUCAGUCAUGGACCAAUGAAAAUAUUGAUGAAGGGAUACGCAAUGAGACUUUUGAUGAUUCUCGCACAAAUGUCACAUCAACAACUUCUAGUUUGUCUCCCUCUGGUGAUACUAAAUCUCUUGAACAAGAAGGAACAACCAUUCCAAUUAGUGGAGGUAUCAUGAACGGCUCAAAAGUUAUUAGUGGUGCUUCAGAAAUACUGGGUCUUUUGAGAACUCUUGGGGAAGGCUACAGACUUUCCUGUAUGUACAGGUGUCAGGAAGCACUGGAUGUUUAUCUUAAACUUCCACACAAGCAUUAUAACACGGGCUGGGUGCUUUCCCAGGUUGGAAAAGCAUAUUUCGAAUUGGUUGAUUAUUUAGAGGCUGAGGGGGCAUUCAGUCUUGCCCGCCAGGCAUCCCCUUACAGCUUAGAAGGAAUGGAUACUUAUUCUACUGUACUUUAUCAUUUGAAGGAAGAUAUGAAGUUGAGUUAUCUGGCUCAAGAACUUAUCUCAACUGACCGUUUAGCAUCUCAAUCUUGGUGUGCUAUGGGAAAUUGCUAUAGCUUGCAAAAAGACCAUGAAACUGCUUUGAGAAAUUUCCAGCGAGCUGUUCAACUUAAUCCAAGAUUUGCAUAUGCACACACCCUUUGUGGUCAUGAAUAUGUGGCUUUGGAGGAUUUUGAGAAUGGAAUUAAGAGCUACCAGAGUGCACUUCGGGUUGAUGCAAGGCAUUAUAACUCCUGGUAUGGGCUUGGAAUGAUAUAUCUUCGCCAAGAGAAGUAUGAGUUUUCAGAGCAUCACUUCCGGAUGGCUUUCCAAAUAAAUUCACGUUCUUCUGUUAUAAUGUCUUAUCUCGGUACAGCUUUGCAUGCCUUAAAGAAAAGUGAUGAAGCUCUGGUGAUAAUGGAGAAGGCUAUUUUAGCAGAUAAGAAGAAUCCUCUUCCCAUGUAUCAGAAGGCUAAUAUACUAGUGAGCUUGGAAAAUUUUGAUGAAGCCCUUGAAGCCCUGGAGGAGCUUAAAGAGUUUGCCCCUCGUGAAAGCAGUAUAUAUGCUUUGAUGGGUAAGAUCUACAAGAGGCGUAAUAUGCAUGACAAAGCGAUGCUUCAUUUUGGUCUUGCCUUGGAUUUGAAACCACCCGCGACAGACGUAGCUACCAUUAAGGCUGCCAUUGAGAAGUUGCAUGUGCCAGAUGAACUACAAGACUACUUGUAGAUCUACUUACUUGCACUUGAACCGGGACAGGGAGAGUGAUGUAAAUUUUCCGGCUCAGAUCAUUAGGCCCCUAAGAAGUUUGGCCUGGCUUGUGCUUUCGACAGACAAUGAAUAAAAAUGGCUUAAUGCUGGAGGCCUGAUUGUUUCUGCCAGUGUCCUGUCUAGCUGGCAGAUCAUGCGGAAGUGACGACCUCGGAUCUGCUGUUGAUUUACAUACUGAGGUUCUGAUGUUAUAAAGGUAUUAAAAAGCUACCAUGUUUAUAUGCUUGUACGGAUGGUGGUUUUAUGAUGCCAAAGAGGUCUUUGUAUGAUUAGUCUGAAUUAGUUGUUCAUGGUAUAGUUGGCUCGCCCAUUCGUUGAGUCUAGGGCUUAAUAUUCAGUAUUAUUUAUUUCUGUUGAUCAUCGAAUGCCAGCAGCAAUAUUGCUCAUCUGCAUCCACUCGAAACGAUCCUCUUGCACCCAUCCUGUGACAAAUGAGUGAUUUAUUUUUGGAUUUCAAAA